AUGGCGUAUUUCACGCUUCAUAGUACCAUUGCCUUUGUGAUGGUACUGAUAACACUCGUAACGCCGCUCACUUCAGCGUUGCCAACUCUCCGAAUCAUGCCACUCGGAGACUCCAUCACAAAGGGCAAUGGAUCCAAAGAUCAGAAGGGCUACCGCAACCGCCUUCGUCAGAAGCUGAUCGGCCAAGGUACUUCUGUUGACAUGAUCGGCAGUCAGAAGCACCCUGCCACCGGCAUGCCAGACAAUGAUCAUGAAGGCCACAGCGGUCACGUCCUUUCUCAGAUCAACGAGCAUUGGAAACGCUCCAUCGCAGCACGUCCUAAUGUUGUUCUUGUACAUGCUGGAACCAACAACAUGGAUCUGGAAGAGGACCUUGAUGGCUCGCCUGCAAUGCUUGCUUCCAUCAUCGAUGGCCUUCUUGCCAACGCUCCUGACGCAACCAUUCUUGUUGCCCCGGUCAUCUGGGCUAACAAGCCUAGGAUGCAGCAAAAUACCGAUAGAUUCAACCCUAAGGUUAUUUCCAUCAUAGAGCAGAGGCAGAAGGCUGGGAAGCACGUGCUCGAGGUCCCCAUCGACAUCACGGUGGCCGAUCUUUGGGACCAGAAGCAUCCUAACGACGGCGGUUAUGAAAAGAUGGCCAACGCUUGGUUGAAAGCUAUCCUCGAAGCCGAUCGACGUGGUUGGCUCAAGGACCCGGUUGUCAGGGACGCCAAAGGACUACCAGGUGUAGGUCUCGGUGUGGGUGGUGCAUCGGGCGGCACCGGCCAGGAGAUCGAAGGCCAGAUCUGGAAGAAGCAGGGCACCGUGUUCGACGGAGUCCGCACUUGGGAAUCUGUCGGUACUAUACGUGGACCUCUUGAGAACGGAAGCCGGGCCAAAGUGAUCCUUGCAGACCUCAACGGCGACGGCAUAGCGGACUACAUUCUGGCCGACAACGAUGGUACAUUGCGAGGCUGGAUCAACCGAGGUAGUCCUAACGACUGGACGAGUAUCGGCAAGAUCAACCCGGAUUGGAAGUCUGUCAAGGGGAACAUGGUUCGACUUGCCGACGUUGAUAAUGACGGCAAAGCCGACUUGAUUGUGUUGUAUCAAGAGGGGGCAGCUAAAGUCUGGAAGAACGUCGACAACGGAAAGAAGUUUGAGUCUCUCGAUUCUCAGUGGGCAACUGGCCUUGAAUCAAGGGACAAGAUACACUUCGAAGACAUCAACGGUGAUGGAUAUGCAGACUACGUUAUCGUCUAUGAAGGGGGUUCCGUCAAAUGGGCGCGCAAUACUCACAACAACGGCAAGGACAAUAGCAAGAAGAACUGGGAAACUGUGGCUACGAUUGCCCCCGGUCCUGCCGGCAUUCCUGCAGGGUCGACAAGGAUCCGAGACAUCGACGGUGACGGCAAGGCUGAUUACCUCGUUAUAUACGACGGAGGUGCAGUCAAGGGUUUCCGCAACACUAUCAAAGAAGGUGGGCGUAACUGGGAAGAUCUCGGCACUAUUGCUCCAGGCACCUCGGGCGUCGCAGGUGAUAUGAUUCGCUUCGCAGACAUGGACGGCGACGGUCUCGCCGACUUCCUUGCCGUCGACGAUGAUGGAAGCAUUCGCAUGUGGAAGAACCUGGGUAUCGCCGGAACCAAGGGGACGAGCAUUCGCUUUGCCGACUUGACUGGCAAUGGCUUUGAUGAUCUGAUCUCAGUCGACGCUAAGGGAAGGGCACGCGCAUGGCUCAACAAGGGCAGUGACAAGUGGGAGUCAAUCGGCGAGAUUGCACCGGGUCUUGAUGAAGACCUCUCAGACUCGCGCAUCGAGUUUGUCGAUGUCAACGGUGACAAACGCGCUGACUACUUGGUCAUCUACGGUGGUGGUUCUGUCAAGGCGUACCUGAAUCAGGGUAACCUUCCUAACCCAGGUGAUCGCCGGAUAUGGCAGGAUGGCAUUGUCAUCGCCCCAGGCGUUGGUGAGCCCGGAAGCAAGAUCAGGUUUGCAGACCUCGACGGAGACGGGUACGCAGACUUUUUGGUACUCUAUGACGGGGGAGCAGUCAAGUACUGGCAGAACAACAGGAACAUACCGCCCGUCAACGGUGGUCGCAUCUGGAAGGAGGGCUUUGUUGUGGCGACCGGCGUCGGCGAGCCUGGCAGCAAAGUGCAGUUCGCAGACCUUACUGGGGAUGGGAAGGCUGAAUACAUUGUGCAGUAUGAUGGUGGCGCGGCUUUGGCGUAUCGAAAUAACGGCAGAAUCCCCCUUGGCGAGGGGCGGAAGUGGACUGACCUGGGCACGGUUGCUAUCGGUGUCAAGCCUCAGGGGUCUGUGUACUACGCAGAUAUCAACGGCGACGGGAAGGAUGACUAUGUUUCUGUUCUUGAUGGGGGUGUUGUCAAUGCAUACAUCAAUAUCAACAACUGGAUUCCUAAGCUGCCUGAUAACCCCGGAGGUGGUAGCGGCGGCGGCGGAAGUGGUGAUGGAGGCAAUGGUGGUGGAGGAAACGAUGAUGGAGGCAACGGUGAUGGAGACAAUGGUGGUAACGGCGACGACGACGAUGAUAUCGUAUAUAUCGACCCAGUCAUUUGGAGCUCGAAAAGCCCAACCGCCAGCUGCCAACCGCCAUGUACCCUUGUCCUUCCACCAUGGCCGCUCUCGUCCAAGACUACCAUCAACUUCCCAGUCGUCACCGAGACUAUCAAGGAAACGUGGCCAGAAACCACAGACGGUGUUGUCAAGUAUCGCACAAGCACAAUCACCGUGCGUAUCACGAUACCCCCUCUCACGACGUCUCAAAUUGAGGUCUCCAACAUCGUCAUCACCGAAACCACAUCCAAAUCAAUCAUCGUCCGUGGCAGCGUUGUUCCGCCACCCAUCACCUUGACCGAACCAACUCACGGCGUCACCUACACUUACAAGCCUGGGCCGUUUCCAACUGGUGAUAACAAGCCAGGGGAUAAUGAAGAUGAUGACGAUAACCCCCCCAAUGAUGAUGACUCGGACAACGAUGAUAAAGGCGACGAGGACGAUGAUCUGGUCAUCUUGCCUCCACCAGGCAUUGUGCCUGGCAUCGUUAUCGCGCCUGGGCCUCCAGGGCCUAUUUGUAAGACAGGCUGCGGCAAGCCCUGUGUACUCGGCUGCUCGCCAGGCGGCAGUGGAGGAGGAAGCGGAGGUGGAACAAUUGGCUGCAUCGGUGGUGGAUGCCCUGGGCCAGGAGGAAGUUGUGUUGGUGUUGGGUGCGAGAGUACCAACGACAAGGACGAUGACAAUGAUGAUGACAAUGACGAAGAUGAGGAUGAAGAUGAGGGCGAAGACGAAGAGGACUGCGCCACCGAGACAAACACGGCAUGUCACCAGGUAUGCACGACGAAGCCUUGCGCCACAGUCUGCAACACCUAUCUCGGCUGUGACUGUACAACCUCCAAGGUUACCGACUACUGGGUGUCAUGCAAAUCCUCAUCCUGUACAACUACCGCUACCGAGGUGAUCACGGGCUGCUUCCUCACCGCAACCGCUACUACAACAACCGGUGCAUCCUGCCCACUCAUGACAGUCGAUCCGUGGAAGGAAAGCCUGGGCGACAAUGACGAUGGUAUACAGGACCCAUUGGAGGAUUUCAUUGGGGCCUUGAGUGUAUAUGAGGCAAGCGUUUAUAUGUCGGGUAAGCGAUAUACUAUCAACGACGACGGCUACGUUACUAUCGACAGAGUCGCAUACCCACUCCCAGCUUUAAAGUCUCCAAAAAUCACAAAGUUCAAGGAGGCCACUGCCACUAUCUGGCCUCCAAUGACAGGAUAUACUUUCGUCCCUGCAGAUGAUAGCUAA